AGUCUUUCAUAAUAAUUGAAACAUACAACAUCUGACAUUCGGAGCUAAUUAAAAUAUUAUUUUUAAAAAUGUUUGAUAUAUUGUCAUUUACAAUUUUCUGUGCAGUCAGUGCCAUUGCUUAUUAUUUUGUGAUUCGCGAUAGAAAUCAAAGAGUUUAUGAGCUUGCAGCUAAGCUUCCUGGACAUGACAAGUUCACAUUGUUGCAGUCUUUUCUCUUGAUUCUAAAAACUCCACGCAAGGAUUACAUCUCAAAAGUUCUUGGCUAUAUGAGAAAUGAAUAUCCAGUCACUAAAAUUUGGUUAUUUAACAAUUUGUUGGUUUUAACAAAAGAUGCAGAUUUCAUUAAUAAAGUGUUCAAUAUGCAUCAAACUUAUAACAAGCCUGACAUAUUCUACAAAGGAUUUAUGACAUCCAAAGGAUUAAUCACGUUAGCUGGAAGUGAACAUAAAAGACAUCGAAAAGUUCUCAAUAAAGCAUUUACAUCCAAAAUGAUGCAACGACUUCCUGAAAUUUUUGAUGAAAAGGCAAAGAAAAUUAUUGGAAAUUUAUGUGAAGUUGAAGAUCGCGGUGAAUUUGAACUUUUGAACUAUAUUGGGCCAUUUUCAUUGGAAACUUUUGGCAAAAGCAAUUUAAAUUAUGAAAUUGAUUAUCAUCGAAGUGAAAUUUUGGAUGCAUAUGAUCGCUAUUCUUCUGUUGCUGUUGAUUAUCUUCCAUACUCGAUGAUGAGUAUAAGCAAGAACUUAAUAACUCCAACAAAAUUAGGUCAAAGAAUCCAGGAUGUUUUCCAAAAAUUCGAUAACUAUUUUGAUAAUGUAAUCAAAUCAAACAAUCAAAAUAAUAACAACAAUAUGCUGGAAAGUACAGCAAUAGAUAUCUUACUAGAUCCCAAAAAUGAAUUCACAGAAGAAGAAAUCAAGGAUGAGCUAAUCAUGAUGUUAUUAGGGGCUUUUGAGACAUCCACAAGAAUUAUUUCAAUGACCUUGAUGAUGCUUGGAAUGCACAAGGACAUUCAGCAUAAAUUAAUCAAAGAGAUUGAAGAGGUCUAUAAUUUAGAAGACACUAAUGCAAAAUUUUCAGCUGAUUUUCUACAAAAAUUCCCGUACUUGGAAAUGGUUAUAAAAGAGACAAUGAGACUGUUUGCUGUAGUUCCUUUAGUAGCACGUGAAACAUCCGAGGAAGUUGACAUUAAUGGAUUUUUAAUUCCCAAAAAUACAACAAUUUUGAUAUCAAUUUAUGCAAUGCAAAGAGAUGAAAAGUAUUGGGGAAGUGAUGCACAUCUGUUUAAACCAGAAAGGCUGGAAAAUGGAAUGGAAUUUCCACAUGCAUGGGCACCAUUUACUGGUGGAAGUAGGAUUUGCAUUGGCUACCGCUACGCAAUGAUGGCAAUGAAAGUCUUCCUAAUAAACUUCUUUAGAACGUAUACUGUGAACUGUUCUCAAAAAUUUGAGGAUAUUGAGUCUGAAAUGACGAUGACAUUAAAUUUUUUGACUGGAUAUAAAGUUAGCAUACAUAAAAACCAAUAA